ACGAGCAGCCAUUGUUUGCCUUUACAUUUCCCACCCUCAUCACCACUUGUGUCUCCCCCCUUAAUCAAACCAGACCUCAUUUUCUUCCAUUAAAAUCUUCUCAACUUUCCUCAUUCACCAUGAAACACCAUCAACACCUGCCUAUCCUUCCAAGAAGCAGCACCUAUAACUGCAAUUCUUCAAGAAACAAGAUCAACCCAUCCAAGUUUCCCAGAUCAAAUUCAUUCUCGGUCCCUCAAAACCAUGAAUUCUCUCACAAAUCCCUUGUUCCUACACCUGUCUCUUCAUCUUCUCCACCUUCCAUUCAGCGUUUCUCUUCUCUCCUUCGUUCCCUUCUCAAGAUCAUAGCUUUCCCCAAUUUCAUCCCCGCCUCUUGCAAAUGGUUGACCCUCCCAACUCACCUCUCUAUAACCCCUUCCCUCGGUCGUAAAGUUACCGGAACUCUCUUUGGCCACCGUCGUGGUCACGUCAGCUUCUCCGUCCAGGAUGAUCCCCGAUCCGAACCGGUUUUGCUCCUCCAACUGGCUAUGUCAACGGCUACUUUGGUCAAGGAAAUGUCAUCGGGGUUGGUCCGGAUUAAGCUCGAGAGUACUGGGAAGGCUCCGGGUAGAAGCGGGAGGCUGUUCCAUGAGCCACUGUGGACUAUGUAUUGUAACGGGAGGAAGAGUGGGUAUGCGGCGACGCGCAAGUGGGCGGAGUCGGAUUGGCGGAUGCUGAGCACCGUGCAAAGCGUGUCGGUGGGUGCCGGAGUGAUUCGGGUGGCGGAGGAUGGAGGGAGUGAAGGUGAGUUGUUGUAUAUGAGGGCCGAGUUUGAACGAGUGGUGGGGAGUCGCGACUCGGAAGCGUUUUACAUGUUGAACCCUGAUAACAAUGGAGGCCCUGAGCUCAGCAUUUUUCUUCUUAGAAUAUGAAUUUGUUCAUCAACAAAAUAAAUGAGUUGUAAAAAAUUAUUAGAUG